AUGCCACCUUCAACAUCUCUGCUGCUCUUUGCAGCUCUCCUAAUCCCUCUCGCCCUGGCAGCUGGCGAUUGGAAAACUGGCGAAGUCACCGGAAAAGUUGUCGAAAAGUCCGAAUUCCCAUGCUACAGUCUGUCACGUGACAAUUACACAUGCUCCGCCUGUAUUCAGUUCCAUGAGUCGUGCGCGUGGUGUGGUGCACCGAUGUUUGAUGAGAAGAAGCCAUACGCCCGAUGUGACAGCCGAUCGAAAUUAAUGGAACAUGGAUGUCCAGAUAGUUAUAUCGAGGAUCCAACUACCAAAUUGGAUAUUACGGAAGACAGUAAAUUAUCCGAUCAAGGAGAAGUUGAGUCCGAGGAAGAAGCUGUUCAAAUCAAGCCACAACAGAUGUAUGUCGAGAUUAGACCAAAAUCCCGUGUGCGUUUCAACGUGACCUACCGCCAAGCCGUCGACUAUCCAGUCGAUCUUUACUACUUGAUGGAUUUGUCCUAUUCCAUGAAAGACGACAAACAGAAGCUCUCCGAGUUGGGAGAUUUAUUGGCUGAACGCAUGAGAACUGUCACCAAAAACUUCCGUCUUGGAUUCGGUUCCUUCAUUGACAAGAAGUUGAUGCCAUUCAUCGACCCAAGAAUCGAGAAACAACUGUCUCCAUGCCCAACUCCAUGUGCUGAACCAUAUGGAUUCAAGCAUCAAAUGUCGUUGACAACGAAUACGGCGAAGUUCAAGGCAGAGGUUGAUAAGGCUGAGAUUUCUGGAAACUUGGAUGCACCGGAAGGAGGAUUUGAUGCUGUUGUCCAGGCAUUGGCUUGUAAUAAAACCAUCGGAUGGCGUGAACGUGCUCGUAAAAUGAUCGUCUUCUCCACUGACGCCGGAUUCCAUUUCGCCGGAGACGGUCGUCUUGCAGGAGUCGUUGAGCCAAAUGACGGUUCAUGUCACUUGGAUAGAGAAGGAUACUACACUGAGACCCUCAACCAGGACUACCCCUCAAUUGCUCUUCUCCAUCAAAUGAUCAAGGACAGAAAGGCGAAUGUCAUCUUUGCCGUCACCAAAAACAACCAAGAUCUAUAUACUCAAUUGUCGAAUGCUCUUCCAGAUGUUUCGUCUUCUGUUGGAGUCUUGGCUAAUGACUCCAGAAAUAUUGUGGAUUUGAUUGAAAAGGAGUACUUGAAGAUUAGUGAGAAAAUUAUUAUGGUUGAUAAUGCAAAUGCUUCGGAGGGACUCAAAUUGACCUACAGAUCCAUGUGCCUUGACGGAACCACACUGAAAGAUACCAAUGUCUGUGAGGGAAUCCGAGUUGGAGACGAGGUUCAAUUCGAAGUCACUCUCGAAAACACGCAUUGUAUCGAUAAACGUGACUUUGUCCUCCGUAUCGGACCAUCUGGAUUAGAUGAGACACUGAUUGUCAACGUGAAAGUACUUUGUGAUUGUGACUGUGAACGACAAGACAGAAUAGUGACGAAUGCUGCAGAGUGUCACGGAGGAGAUAUGGUUUGUGGAGUGUGUCGAUGCAAGGGAGGAAAUGUUGGAAAGUAUUGUGAAUGUAAUCGACCUGGAAUGUCGACGGCUGCGUUGAAUGAGAAGUGCAAGAGAACCAACGAAUCCGCUAUCUGUGAGGGUCGUGGAGUCUGUAACUGUGGUCGAUGCGAAUGCAAUCCACGUGCCAACCCAGAAGAGCAAAUUUCCGGAGAAUUCUGCGAGUGUGACAACUUCAAUUGCCCACGUCACGACCGUAAGAUCUGUGCGGAACACGGAGAAUGCAACUGUGGAAAGUGUAUUUGCGCCCCAGGAUGGACUGGAAGAUCAUGCGAAUGCCCGAUCUCCACGGACUCCUGCCUCUCAGCCAACGGAAAAAUCUGCAACGGAAAAGGAGAAUGUAUCUGUGGACGGUGUCGUUGCUUCGACUCUCCAGAUGGUAACAGAUAUUCUGGUGCCAAGUGUGAGAUCUGCCCAACUUGUCCAACAAAGUGUGUCGAGUACAAGAAUUGUGUGAUGUGUCAGCAAUGGCAAACCGGACCACAUAAUGAGACAGAAUGCGACAAGUGUGAAUUCAAGGCGAUUCCAGUGGACGAGCUUCCAACACUCAACGAAACAACACCUUGCCAAUUCGUGGACCCUGCCGAUGAUUGCACAUUCUACUACCUCUACUAUUAUGAUGAGGCCACCGACAACGCGACAGUCUGGGUGAGAAGACACAAAGACUGUCCUCCACCAGUUCCAGUCCUUGCCAUCGUCUUGGGUGUCAUCGCCGGAAUUGUCAUCCUCGGAAUUCUUCUCUUGUUGCUCUGGAAACUUCUUACUGUACUUCAUGACAGAGCAGAGUUUGCCAAGUUUAAUAACGAUAAACUCUUGGCCAAGUGGGAUACGAACGAGAACCCAAUCUACAAGCAAGCCACGACAACAACCAAUAAUCCAUUGUACGCUAAAAAAGCUCAUUAA